UGUUCAUUUUUACAAUAAAAUGGUUCAGCUGGUUUUAUAUAUUCCUACUCCGAAAGCUGGCCUGAUCAUUGGGCCCAAGGGAAGCAAACUAAGACAAUUGAGUUGUAUGCCAGGAAUUUCAAUCAAAUUUGAUACAAGGGUAACCAACCCUGAUGGAACUUAUACACUAACUAUCACAGGUAUGAGCAACCAGGCUGUGGAGAGGGCUAAGCAGGAAAUUAACAGGAUAUUUCUGGAGACUAAAUACAGUGAGAUUUCCAGUAUCCUGUACUGCUGGGAAGGAGGAGUUUACGAAACUGCCGAAGUUGAAUUAGAGUUGCACAAUGGCAAAGUUACUCUUCCGCUGGCUGAUCAAUCAUACUGUAAUCAAGCAUACAGGAUCAAGUCAAUUAGGCCAAGUGUAGCUGGAUUAAGUCUGGAUGGAAUGGAUCUCACCCCUCAAGCCACAUUUAUGCAAGGUUACAAGGAUGAUAUCGUUGAAAACACCUUUAACGUAGCUCUUAAGGAGGAAAUGGCUUCAACUACUGAAUUCACCUUCAGUUUGGGGGAAGAGUUGUUCAAUCAUUUUGGAUAUGGCCCCAGAACAGUUAGUUUGCCUGUAAGAAAUGGACGUGUUAUGAUGAAAGAUCUGAAACAGAAUAACUUAAAGGGGUUUUGGAGUGCUUUCCUGAACCCAGGUUUAGCAACUAGGAUUGCUAAGUGUCUUGAGGAUAGUGGAUUCAUCUGUUUGAACAAAGACAACCCAGAGACAUUCACCAAGGUCCACUUGUUGGUCUGGCCAGAGAAUAUUCGUAAACAUGUUGUUCUUGCCCUUGAUAAAGAUUUGAACUCGCUGGCUCCAGAAGCAGAUAAUAGGCUAUCUGAUGAUAAAGAGAAUGCCAUAAAACAAAUACUAUCGGCAAAGACCUUGAACGAUGUGCUUCCUGCUGGUUCAAGUUUGAAGAUUUCCUUUAGAAAGAUGUCGUUAAAGGUUCAUCCGGACAAGAAUUCUCAUCCAGGAGCCACAGAUGCAUUCAAGAAACUGAAGGAUGCUUAUCAAAGGCUCUCUAGUGGCAGCAGAGGUUCUGAGCUGGCGUUAAAAAUUACUUCAAACCCCUCGACAUCAACCGGAAAACCUCCUAAGGUUAUCUCAGUUACCACCAAUAGGCGGAAGGUGUGCACAGUUACAAUGGUAUCUGAAAACCAGCUGAAUAUUAGAGCGUAUCUGAAAACAUAUGACAAAAAAGAGGACUCUAGUGCUCAGUUGUCUGAGAGGAUUCGGAAUGUACUCAACAACUGCUGGGAGAAUAUGGAUGCCGAGGGUGGGAUAGCAGAUCCAGAUGGGAGAACAGGUGUGAAAAUCGAGCUGGUCAAACAGAUACUAGACAGGAUAUACUAUGCCAAGGAGGUUGUCUUUAAGGGAAACCCAGAGAUACUCGAGGUAUGUUUCUACAAGAUGAGAACAAGGCUUCAUGGAGAUACUUGGAAUGAGUGUCUAGAGAUUGAAAUCAACUUCGGGGAUUCGUCUUCGUCAUUCACAGGAAAUGAGUUGGCUGAGAGAUUCCAGUUUGUGAAGAAUUGGUGGGAAAACUUCGAUUAUUAAUUGAUAUAUACACCCUCAACCGAAGAUCUAUAAUUGAUCAUAUUAAUCAAUAAGCAUGCAAAUUAAAUUCUGAAAAUUAAGUGUAAAAUUGAGUAAAUGUUUUAAAUGUAUAAUAAUUCUUAAAUAGUUUAAGAGACUGACAACUUAAUUUGAAGUUUAAAUAUUGUUUUUAAGUUCGUUUAUUAAAAAUAACGAGAAUUUCUUUAUUUCUCUGAACGGUUCAUCAUUCGUUUUUUUUUAUUUGAACGACACCAUUGUUGACAAAAAUUCCAUUCUUUCUCAAACCAAAUAAAGAAAUGUUACAAUGCCCAUUUUUAUCUACAGGGUUAGAAGUUUCUGGGACGAGAUUAGAGUCUCAUUCUUCUUGGUUUGGACUAAAAUAUAUCAACAAAAAAAACUGAUGCGUCUUACACAUUUCAAACUUGUUUUUUCGGAACAUUUGAUUUUCUUCCAAUUUUAACACCAAGAGAAGAUACAUGCAAAAAACGAGCCAGGCCCAGAAACGAUUGUUUCAAACCGAUCACUUAGAAGAACUCUUAUUUGAAUCUUUAUGGGCUUAUAGUUGAAGAGUUGGCAUUAAUGUCUCAAUCUUUAAAGGUGACCCUGUAGUGUAUACUGUUAAUUAAUGUUUUUCUUCAGAUUUUGAUAAACUUUUUUCAAAAAUGCCUCAGAAGAUAUUAUAUAUUCCUAAUCAGAAAGCUGGCUUGAUCAUUGGGAGAAAGGGACGCAAUCUCAGGGAGAAAAACGAUGAUGGAACAUAUUCCCUGACUAUUACGGCUAUGAACUGGUUGGCUGUGGAGAGGGUGAAGCAGGAGAUAAACGAGUUAUUUGAAGGAGUGAGAUAUUCAGGAAAUAUGUUGCCUUUGACACCUGAGAAAGAAUUGGCUCUACGAGCUCGAAUGGGCCCGUUGGCGCGCAGAGACAUUAUUCAGGAAAUAUUCAGGAGACCAACCUAAAAACAGCCCUGCUAUGGCUGCUCUUUAAAAUUUAUUAAUGUUGUAAAAAAGUUUAUGAUAGAUUUUAAGAAAAAGUAAAUGUAUUCAAACAGAAGAAAUGGAUAGAAAUAAAUGCAAAAACAACUUCAAAAUCAACGUAAUUUGAAAUGAUUUCUACAAAGGAUUUCUUAUUAUUCUAUUUAUAAAAGCAACAAAGCUCAGAUAUCUUUUUUGUAAUGCUAACAGUCCCUUGCAUUCGGAAAUAUUAUGAAAAAAUUGUGUGAAACCUUUAUUUUCUAGUAUUUUUCGUUGUUUGGAAUAAAAUUUUUAAUUGCAGCAAUAUUUAUUUUUAUUUAUUUAAAAAAAAGAUAUUCCAUGUAGUGUUAAAUCCCACCAACAUUUGUUAACCUCAAUUUAAAGAAUAUUUUUGUUAUACUAAAAUCUGAUGGUUUUUUUUUCAACCAAAGCCUCUUUUCCUUAAAAAAGCUAUUGAGAAAGGCAAACUAGUAUUGAAACUAGAGUUUCCAAAUUUUCAUUCAACCUCUUUCGUGAAAUUUUCGGUCAACCAAAAAAAACGAAAAUAUUUGCUCGUUUUCAUAAAAAUUUUAGAAUUUGUGUUUAAAUUCCUAUUUUUUUGCUAAAACUUUUCACUUUCGUUAAAAACCCUAUUUUUUCGCAAACUCUUUUUAGCAAAACAUUUUCACGAAAUUUGUACCUAAUUUUAUGAAAUCUUCUUUUGAAAAGGUUCAAUUAAAGAUCUCAAAUUUUCGUUAAAACAUAUAUUUUUAGAAAGUUAAAAGUUAAGAUCAAAUCAUUGUUAAGUCGGUUUAACCCUAUCAUGAAUGGAUGUAAAUGGAUGUUUGAUUUUGAAGAAAUUUUGCAAAAAAAAAAGUUUUGUUUAUGUUCAGAGAGGUUUUAUUUAAUGACUGGGCCUUGAAAAUUUAGACUGUGAAUAUUGGACAUAUAUCACACUAAUCAUUCAUUGGGGAGGGGGGGCAAUCUAUAUUAAACAUAAAUAGCCCAAUCGUGAUAGGGUGGUUUACUAUUCAUUUGCCAAUUAAUUUCGAGAAAUUUUCGCUUUUUUCGUUUUUUUUUUGCAAAACAGAUUAAAUUUUUUGCAUUUUUCUCGAGCGAAAAAUUUAUUUUGUUGUUUUAACUGAAAGCAAUUGACUGAGUGUAUAGAUAUUCAUUUUUUAAAUGUUUGCAAAUUAUCAAAUAAAUCUUCAAAAAAGGAA